CGGUCAUUGACCUUACCACAUCGCAAAUCGAAAGUUCAAAAUGUUUGUAAUUUAAUUUAAUUUUAUUAUUUACCGGUAAAAUACGUAUCUGUGAUAAAUUGUGAAUAAAUAAAAUUACAUAAAAACAAUGUUGGGUAAAAAAUCAGUUUUCUUUACAGUAAUUGCACUUACGGCAAGUUUUUUCUUUAGAACUCGUUUGGAAGAAUUGUUUGAAAGUUGUAAAAGUUUACUUUCACAUCAUGAUAAUAAUAUUGAAGGUGUAUUCUCGGCUGCUCAGUUAGCAGAAUAUAAUGGAUUGAAAAAAGAUAAACUUUAUUUGGCUUUAAUGGGUAUUGUAUACGAUGUGACGGAGGGUAAAAGGCAUUACAGCAGUAAUGCACCAUACCAUUACUUUGUGGGAAAAGAUGGCUCUCGGGCAUUUAUAACAGGAGACUUUCAAGAUGAGAGUGAAGACAAGGACAACGUGCUGACUCUCUCUUGCAACGAGUUGUUUAACUUGCUCAACUGGGAAAAUACCUUAAAAGAAAAAUAUACAUCUGUAGGUUUACUGAUUGGCAGAUUUUAUGAUGAAAAAGGGAGAAAGACAGAGUACUCAAAACUUUUUGAUGACAAGAUUGUAGAGUGCACAGCAGAGAAGGAGUUAGCUAAGAAACAGGAGGCCAAGCUUCCACCGUGCAACAUGGAAUGGACCUCCAGUGAAGGCACUCGGGUGUGGUGUACAAGAACUAGUGGUGGCAUUUCAAGAGAUUGGGUAGGUCUCCCACGCCAGCUCUACAGCCCCGGUGGUCAACAGCCACGCUGUGUCUGUGUCAACCCGGACGAUGACCACUCGUCCACACUAUUGAAGACUUAUGACAAUUGUCUAGAAACAUCAUCUUCAUGUUACGUUAAGAAUUAACAUUGUUUGUAAGUGCAAUGUUAUUUUAAUAGAAUCUCAAAUAAAUUAUAUCAUUUAUUGGA